AUACCAAUGCAGUUUGUUGCCGCUGCCUGAAGCGGUCACUGCCUCUCUUGUCUUCCUUCCAGAAGUUACAAAAACAGUAUUUCUCGGUGCUCUUUGCUAUUUCUCAGCAUUUUUGCCUUGAGAUCUCGCAGAGCGGAAAAAACUUCCCUGAACUUGGAGAAAAGCAAAGCCAAGAGGAGGGGGGCGUCAUUUUUGCUGGAAACCUCCCCACGACACUGGAGAUCUUCUUGGGAUGUCUGCGGUGGGCUUGUUCUCCUCCAGCAGCUUCUCAGACCUGCCGAGGCGAAAGCAUCUCCCUGCCACGGAGCAUCCUCGCUGAGCAGGUCCGGGCGCGGUGAAGGACGCGGGGAGCGGCGAUGCCAUAAGGAGCAGCCCGUGAGCGUCCGCUGGCUCUGCCCGUUUCCCUCAGGUCCCGGCGGGGCUGGGGAGCGCGGCACCCUGCGUUAUGUCCCUCCACCGCCGAGCGCUGGGGUUGGCUGUCAGAGAAACCUUUGAGGUCCCCUGCUCGGUAGUGUCAUGAGUUAGAUUAGUUGGAGCUGUGCUGGGGGCGGCGAGGGCUUGGAUUACAGUCCGGGACUCAAAGUGCUUUGGUAGUUCACGUCGGAGGGGAGAGGAGACGCCCCGUCGCACACAUGGAGGAAAAAGAGAAAAAACGCCGCUUUUGGAAGUGAGGGGGGAUAAAGGAGGCCAGGAAGAUGGACUCGGAGUCGCUGGACGGUUGCAUUCAGAGUACGUUAUCGGCGCUCUACCCUCCGUUCGAGGCUACCGCAGCCACUGUUCUGUGCCAAGUUUUUGAUGUGGUGGAGAAGACGUACCGUGGGGAUGGACUGCGCUACCUCAUAGACUUCCUGAUUCCAGCCAAGCACAUCCUGCAGUGCAUUCAGCAGGAUGCUUGUGUUCAGUACUGUGGCUUGCUGUUUCGCCAUGAGGGCUGGCCCCUGUGCAUUCAUGAGAAGAUUGUAGUCCAGCUGGCUUCCAUUGACUGGCGAAUCUUGAAGCCUGGUGACUUCUACCUGCAGGUGGUUCCCUAUCUGAAAAAGUCUCCACGGAUUGUAUUGAAAUGUUUGGCGAAGGACAAGCAUAAUGUAGAAGAAGUUGUGAUUCCAGAAGUCUCCUAUACCUCUAUUUUCACUCUGGAAUGGUUGAGUACUAUCAAUGGAGAGCGGAUGGGUAUAGCACUGGAAAAUUGUUUACUAACCACUGACGAUAAGAUAUUUCGUGUUCCCUGGGAUAAUGUGGUUAAUCCUGAAUUUAUAAACAAACCGAAAGUAAUUGAAAAUAAUAUCAUCACUCCAGAAAUAGCAGAGGAACCUUCAGCUUUGUGCCUCCCUAUGGACCAUGCUGAGUGCAGCUCACCAGACCUAGAAUCUCAGUAUCUACAGGAACCAAGUCCAAACAGAGACAACCUGGUUAGCAGCCCAGCUCCACGGUCAAGUGAAACUCUUGUUAAUGGUGUGUGUACAAAUCCUGUGCCUGAAGAGGACUUGAAAAGCGACAUUGAAGGGGAGUACGUUGAGCUUGCAGAAGUUUCACUGCCCUGCUUUGGGCCGCAGACAGGCUCUUUAACCCAGUCAGUGUCUUUAAGUUACCUGACUCAGCCCAGGACACGAGUGAAUGCAUCUAAAGGCAAGCACAGGUUUAUUGUCAUUCAAGACAGCACCUACUCCAAGAACUUAAUUCAGCCAGCACUUAUGCAAAAGGAGCGCUGUCAGAUGGACACUCUGAGGACUUCUACAGAAGUUCUCGAAAAUGUAAUUCCUUUGGAAAGCGACAGGAUGAUGGCCCACGAGGAACUGUCUCCAGAAGGUCAGCUGGUGUCAGGUGGUCCUGGAAGCAUGGGGAACAGCUCUCCUGCGGCUUCAUCUCCUGCCUGCGGUGCAGGAGAUUCCUCCCCUGGAGAGCAGGAGGCCUGCAGUGAACACUCGAUCGAUUGGCGAUACGCACUGUGCAGCUACAGUGACGUGUGUGCUGGAGAUGGUGCCAGCUCUAAAGCACAGAUGACUGGUACUACUGGAAAUAUGCAAGUGGAAGGCGAUGGUUCUAGCAGAAAUCCUGGUGUUGAUGUAUUGGAGCACAGCCCAGAGACAAAUCUAGAUGCUGCUGCUGAACAGGGGAUUCAGAAGGGACUUGGAGAAGCACUGGCAGAGUGUCAAAGUGAGGUGACACAGAUGGAUCCCUCUUCUGUGUCUGUCCCGGGGCCUUUGGGACCACACUGCGCGCUGAAGGAAGAUCCUGGUGUUUCUUGCCAGAGUGUUGGUGAAAGCAUUGCACCGGUCCAGGCCGCUGCGUCGCCUGUUGUGCCUGAGAGUUCAGAUGUAGGUGUGGAGAGAGGCUCUCCUUCAGGGAACAUGACAGAUGGAGCAGCAGUCCGUGCUUGCUGCGGUGAUCAGGAAGAGAACGUGAGUUCUCCGUUAAAUCCUCCGGAACAGAUGAACCAAGGAGAAGUAGAUGAAGUAGAGCUGGGAAGAAGAGAAGGCCCCGAGGAAGUCAAAGAGACUGAACAAACGCUGGCUGUAGAUGAGAAUCAGACCUGCCAUAGCUACUGCUCUGUCAGAGCUCCUGCGGGUGGACUCCUGUCAGAUGGUAAAGAGCAAGAGGUCUCUGCUUGUCAGCAUAAGAAAGGUGAAGAAGCCGUGCUACUCCCAGCUGCUCUGUCAGCAGAGAGUGAGGAGAUGGCAGGGCAGUUAGAUACCAGUGAUCCUUCGAUGGGUCUUGACGCACAAGCAGAAGGCUCAAGUCAAUUCAAAAUCCUCACGUCCGGAGAGAGGCAUGAGGAACGACAAAGACGGGCAGAAAACCAAGGCCAUGGAAGUGAAGCGAGCUCUGUGCUGAACCCAGAGUGCGUUGCAGCACAGGACUUGCAGGGAGGGGAGGAGAACCAGGGAAGUUUUUGUGAUGGGGAAAAGUCAAAGACUGGAGCCUUAAAAACACUGGAAUCCAUUAAGGAGGAGCUGGAGGUUGGACCGUCGUCCUCGGGGCCCGCUGAGGGGAACCCGGAGCCCACCGCACUGCACUCCCACCAAGAGGCAGUUUCUGGAGCACCAUCUCCUAAAGGGAUGGUGUUGGAAGGGGCCGAGACGGUAAAAGAAGCGACUGGGACGGCCGUGUCGAAGCCAGCGGGUAAGGUCUGCGCCCCGGAGGACACCUCAACGGCUGCUGUUCCCCCCAAAUCCCCGGCUUCUGGGGCUGCCUGGGGUGGCCGGCCUGCACCUUCCAUAGUCAAGGAUGUGAACCCAGAGGUGCUGAGGAGCGGAGUUGCCUGCCUGCCAGGUACCAGAGAUAAAUCGGGACGUGCAGUGGCGAUAAUAACGACGAGGAACACGGUCUGGUUAAACCCCCACUGCAACACCACUGAGCUUGUACGCCUCCUCCUGUACUUGCACAGCAUCCCAAGACCCGAGUGUCAGGCUUUGGGUCUGACUGUUCUUGUGGAUGCUCGUCGCUGCUCACCGGUUCCUGCGCUCUUCAAGGCAUUCAGCAUCUUGCAGGACAUGGAUCCUCAUUGUAUUCACGGAGUACUGCUUCUGGUUGAAAGAGAUCUGACUUUUCGGGUGGAGAAGCCGGCAGCAGGACAGUUUGAGAUUCUCACCUCCAUGAAAUCCCUCCAUAAGCACAUAGACAGCUCACAGCUGCCGCUAGAACUGGAUGGGACCUUCCCUUAUUGCCACCGGGACUGGUUAAGCUUCCGCAUGAAACUGGAACACUUGCUACAAGGAUGCCAAGGGGCUUGUGCCUUCCUCCAGGGAGCCAUUCACAAAGUGGAAUCUGGAAAACUACCAGAAAGAGCUGAGGAGGCAGCUGUGCUGCUGAGGAAUUACAGGCAGUUGAUGAAGAACGUUCUGGAAGACGCACGGCUGGUCCGGCUGCAGCUGGAGGGCGGAGCACUCCUGGCCAGGCUGAGGAAGGAGGAAUCUUGUGUCACCCUCACCCAUGACUACAGGGACGCGCUGGAUGCUGCUGGUGUGCUUUAUAAUCGAGUUGAUGAGGGCGUUCACCGACUGGUGAUGCUGUCAAACAAACGCAUCCAGGAGCUGGAGCUGGUGAUGGAGUUUGAGAAAGUGGAAGAAUGUUUUAAGGAGGUCAGCAGUUGGAUCGAGAAUGUUGGCAGGAAAAGGCUAAAGGAGAUGAUCAACCUGGACGAUUCUUUGGAGAUGCUGCUUCAAGCACAGAAGCAGUUCAGGGAGUUUGAUCUUGUUGCCAGCGAAUACUGCAGAAGGGGGCAGGAAGCACUAAAGAAGAUGGAUCGAUGGGAAGACUUUUCCUCUGUGGAUGUGCAUUCUUACCGAGUGAAGCUGCAGACCUACAGAGAUCAACUGGAGGAGUUCUGCACUCAACUGGAUGAAAACAGGCAUCGAGUCUGUGAGACAGUCAGGCUGUACGAAUUUUUUGACAAGGCGUACGAGUGGGCCUUGGAAGGGAUGCGACACCUCGCCUGCAUCAGCAUGGAGGACUGCAGCUCCGCCGAGCACUGCGCGGGUGUCAUCAAGUGCCUGGAGAGCUACAAGGGGCAGCACCCGGACAUCAGCGAUGCCCGCUUCCAGGAGAUGAAGGAGCUGGCCUGCGAGCUGAAGAGUGACAAGGGACUCAAGCAGUGGAAGUUCGCGUGGUCCAAGUGCCAGGAGACCAAGCUGGUUUUUGAAAAGAAACUGGAAGCAGCCUUGAGAACCAGGAGGUCGCUGCUGGCAGACCGCAAACCAGCCGCGGGGGAGCAGGCGCGGGCCGGCAGCGAGGCCGGCAGCCUGUGCCACCGGAGGCACUCCGAGGGGGCCGCCCCCGGGCCGCACUGGGACGGGACUUGCAGCACAUCCCACGGCUAUGGCAGGCCCGGCCGCUCUCCAGGCUGGACUAAGGAGAAAAUCCCCUCGCCCACCCUCAGCUGCCCUGGCGAUUUCGGUGCUGGGGACGAAUUUGCCUGCCAAGCUGCUCUCGGUGCAGGGCCCCACUCCGGCCGAGUUUCUUUUGGAAGCGGGGCCGCCAAGUCGCCGAAACUGCCCGAGGAAAAGUCAAACCUGGAGAGCAUAUUGGAAACCCUGGAGGUGAAGCCGUCCUGCGCCUCCACUCCAGCCUCUGGGAAGCCGCCUCCCAGGAGGAUGCUCCGCAAGGCCCAGAGCUUCGACCUGCCCUGCGGUGAGAGCCUGUGGUCGGGCUGCCAGAGGACGCUGAGCGAGCCGGCCAGGUACGGCAACACCGGCGUCUUUAUUAAGGGGCUGGAGGUGAGCAGCACGGAGCUGGUGGACAGGACGUUUGCGCUGAGGCAGGGCGCUCACAGCUGGGCCGCGGACUGCCUGCUGGAGGGACAGAGGGGCUGCGGCUCCGCGACCGAAGCCAAGAGCUGGGGCAGCAAGCUGCGGCACAUCAUUGACGAGAUGGUGACCACGGAGCGGGAGUACGUGAGGUCGCUUUGCUACAUCAUCGACAGCUACUUCCCCGAGAUGGAGCGCCUCGACCUCCCCCAGGACCUGCGUGGGAAGCGCAGCGUCAUUUUUGGGAACCUGGAGAAACUCUACGACUUCCACAGCCAGUACUUCCUGCGGGAGCUCGAGAGCUGCUGCAACCACCCGCUGCGUGUCAGCCACUGCUUCCUGCGGCACAAAGACCAGUUUGGGAUGUACGCCUUGUACAGCAAGAACAAGCCGAAGUCGGACUCGCUGCUGGCCAGCCACGGGAACACCUUCUUCAAGUUCAAGCAGGUGCAGCUGGGGGAUAAGAUGGACCUGGCCUCCUACCUGCUGAAACCCAUCCAGCGCAUGAGCAAAUACGCCCUGCUCCUGAAGGACCUGAUCAAGGAGUGCAGCGAGGCGCAAGAGCAGGAGCUGGGCUACCUCCGAGCGGCUGAGGAGAUGGUGAAGUUUCAGCUCCGGCACGGAAACGACCUGCUGGCCAUGGACGCCAUCCGCGACUGUGACGUGAACCUGAAGGAGCAGGGGCAGCUGGUGCGGCAGGACGAGUUCACCAUCUGGCUGGGCCGCAGGAAGUGCCAGCGACACGUCUUCCUCUUUGAGGACCUGAUCCUGUUCAGCAAGCCCAAGAGGAUCGAGGGUGGCUUUGAUGUGUAUAUCUACAAGCGCUCCUUCAAGACCGCAGACAUCGGUCUGACGGAGAACUCCGGAGACAGUGGCCUGCGCUUCGAGAUCUGGUUCCGAAGGCGGAAGUCGAGCGACACCUACAUCCUCCAGGCCAGCUCAGCCGAGACCAAGCAGGCUUGGACCAGUGACAUUGCCAAGAUCCUGUGGCAGCAGGCAGCCCGCAAUAAAGGUGUGAUUCCUUCCCAGGGCGUCUGUGCCGCAAAAGAAAUCCGCAUGCAGGAGAUGGUCUCCAUGGGUGUGGGCAACAAGCCGUUCCUGGAUAUCAAACCCAGCGAGGCAGCUAUCAAUGACCGUGCUAUCGAUUACAUCAUGAAAGGCAGAGGUGCCAGGACCAGAGCAUCAAUCGCAGUGUCUCUGUUUGACCAUUCCAACCCGUACAAGAGGACGCAGGCGCAGCUCUCUGCUGGCAGCGCCGCUGCUGCGUACGGCCCUUCUUCCUCCUCCCUCCUGGGACCCCUCAACCUGCACAUGUACCUGGACCAGGCUCUGCUGCCAGGCGUCCUGGCCCCCAGGCGCCCCUUUGACGUUGGUGCCUGCAUCGAGGAAGAUGAGCUGGAGCACGAGACAAGCAGCCAGCCGUCACUGACAACAGAGAGCUCCGAGUCAUCGCACUGCAUGUCAGGCAGUGGCUCCAGCGGCUCCGACAGUGGCUGUGUCUCCAGCAUCCCACAAGAAAGCUUCUGUGAAGACAUGGGUUCACCCACUUACAUGCCCCUAGGCUCACAACACAGCUCUGCGAUGGAGGAGAAACCCCGGUUCACAAACAGCCAGUACAUUUCUGCAGUAAGUGCAAGCAGCCAAAAUGCUCUCUUCACUCUGCCUGUUACUACCACUGCCUCCUCGGUUCAAGCCACUGCCUCUCAGGCGGGGACUGAAGAUGCUGCUUUUGGGCUUGGAGUCGCUGUGGGGAAGUGAUGUUUCCUCUCGCAGACUAGCCUCGUCAGGGGCAAGCCAAAGCCCCUGCGUUGUGAGUGCCUCCCCUUCGUGACCAGGAUCCCUGAGGAGAUGCACUGGAAAGGACCUGCAGGGCUGGAGGCUGCAUCGGGAGGGGAUGCUGUGCACACAGGAGCUUUCAUGCUGCCAUGGGCUGGGGUACACGCUUAACCUCCUGGGGACGAGCGGAUGGAGCUCUGCUGCAGAUGCUGCUAAGCUCCUUUCUGGGGAGGCUUGGACCUUUUGUGGGGAGCAAUGAGAUGGAACGAAGGGAAGAACGGGAGCCUGUUGCUCUCAGAUGUCAUUUGUUUCUCUUACAUUCCUGAGGGUUCUCAGCCGCUUCCCUUCCCACUAGCUUGUGUCCUGAUGCUGUUGUCCUCUAACCCUGUACUAAUGCUGGCUUCUCUCCUCUGCAGAAAGCAGGCCAGGUCACCAUAAGUCCCUCGACAAUAGUGUGAUCCCCUCUGCACACGUAUACGGCCUAAGGAAGUGGAGUUGUUGUAAGUAGCCCCUGAAGGGGAUUUUCCAGCAGCUCUGAGUGCUGGUCAGGCUUGUCAGUAGCUCUGAGUCAGGAGGACCUCACCCCCCACUUCUCUAUGAGAAGUCUCCCACAUGCAUUCCUGACCAGUGUCAGUGGCUAGAGACAACCAACUCCCACAGCCAGAGCCAUCGCCUUAAAUAACAGGUCGGAUGCCUCCCUGGUUUGGAGGAGAAGAAACAAAACAAGCAAAAAUUAUUUUCAGUUAGUAGAGGCUUGAGCUCCACCUAGUCCAUGUGUCAGUGUUCAGAUGAGCUUCUUUGCUCUGAAUGCUACCCAGCUGUCUAACCACUAAUCUGUUUCUUGUGGCUAUUUGCCGAAAUCCUGCUGUUUGUUAGUCCCUCUGAGCUGCCGUGGGGAAUCCAUGGUAUUCUCCCCAAGCUGGAUUUAUUCCACAGUUUCCUUUGAACCUCCCAAGGAGUCUGCACACAUCACCAAACAAAGGAACCUGCUAGGUUAUGGUCAGGAAGUCCUGAGGGAGCUGCCAGGUGUUGCUCCUGUACUUACUUCUGGAGGAAGUACUUACUUCUGGAGGUUGGCCAGAAGGUCCAGAAGAUGUCUGAGGAAGCUCGCUGGUGAUCUGUCUGAGGAGAGAUGAGCCCUGACAAGCCAGGCAGCCAAGCAGGGGGGCAGGCCCUUGCAAAGGUGUACUAUGCCUCACGCAAGCCAGCCUGCAUCCGGCUCAGCUUUUGCUUCUUUCCUCACCAAAGGAUUCUGGUCCUUAGGACUGGGCUCCCUUUUUGCAGGGAACAGAGGGCUGUGAGUGUGAGACAGACAGGACUGGGGCUUGGAUGGUCAAGGCACAGGCCAAUAGAUAGCGUGAAGGGCCUGGGUUUGUGAUCCGCAGGUACUGGAGGUCGUACUGAGCUAAACAGAACCAGCUGCCAAGGUUAAAAUUUGGGAUCCUGAGCCCCUUCUUGGGAAGGGUCACAGGCAGGACCUUCUGAAGUGGUCACAGCUGCAGGGCGGUUGCUGCCCCGCUGCUGCUCUGGCAGCAGCACGUAGCCUUUGGGUGAAUCCUGAGCCAGGGGCAGCUUUUAGCCUGGGUGAAGCACCUCAUUCCUCCUGAGAGGCUCUUCUAGUAAAACGUUCUUUCUCCACCAAAAUGCAGCUCUGACAAACUGUGGUUUUGAAGUAUUUUGCAAAAUCACUGCUGGCCAGGACAGAGGGACCUGCAGGUCACAGAUCCUGCAGUGUUGUGGGAGUGCAGCCAGUCUAACCCAUUGCACGGUGCUGUGUUCCAGGUUUGAUUGCCAUUUCAAACUCACUGAAGACCCCAGGCCUCUGACCAGCAGAAGGAGACAGUCUUCAUCCGUGAAGAUACUUUUACACAUAAUCAGGCUCUUUCAGACAGUCCAAAACCUGACCUCUGGCUGAGGGGAAGUCCCAAGAAGGUUUCUGUCAACUACACUUAAUAGCUUUGGUGUUGGAUGGGACCUUGGGCAUUUAAAAUUUAUUAGCCCUAUAUUUAUGAGUAAUAAGUAACAUAGCUGUUUGAAAAAAAAUGUAUUAUUUUUAAAGCUAUGUGCUGUACAGAUUUUUUGUUACAAGUGACUCUGUUACUGUUUGUUCUCUAAGCUGCACAUUUUAUAAAGUUUUUGGAAGGGCAAGAAGAGAAACCAAGGUAUUUAAGAAAAGUAGUGUAACUUCCUGUUUCAGGGUUAUAUUGACCUGGAGCUCAAGAUUAACGUCCUUCCUUAUGUUCUAAAUAUGUCUAUCAUAGCAAUAAUUUAUUUUCUUGGCUUAACACUUCUGUUUUAAUAAAAGCAAUUUCAUUGUUACAGUAAAUUGUUUCUUCACAUGAUUCUCCCAGUGCCUCAGUGCUGAGCUUCUCUCUGUCUUAACCAUCUCCCAGCUCUUGCUGACUCUUCGACCUCCCUGUGCGAUUGCUGCGCUAACCAUCUGCCAGCUCAGCCGUUGUUCUCAUGCGUGAACUCAGGAGUGUUCCUCAGGAGAGGGGCCGGGUCUCCCAGUGGCAGCACGUGGAGGCGUCCCUGCUGCUGGUGGGGAGGCCAAGGCAGAGCAGGGACCAUAGCAGGUGGGUGAGGAGGACACAGCUCACCUACUCCAAGAUCCUCUCCUCCUGGUUUGUGCCACUCAGCCCCCACAGUCAGAUUCCAGCCACAUGACGUGUGAGUGACAAAGUUCAGCCUGCAGCGUGCCUUGUCCCAGGGGCCAGGCUGUGCCCCAGGUUUUGGGGUGAUGGGGACCGGCCGCUUGCUUUGCCACUGACCUAGCCCCUCUCCAGGUACUUAUACUCUUGGUCCAUUCAGUGUUGCUUAUUCCAGGAGGUUUGGGUGGUGGUGGCAUCUGAGACCAACAGCUUCUGAGUAUCUAGGUUUAGCGUAAUGCUCAACCUUAAACGCAUAUUGUCUUAAGUUGCACAAUGUAACUGCAGGAUAAAUGUGUCCUGUGUCCCAAAGUUGCCUGUUAAGGCCGAGUAACAUCAAAGCUCACUGCAGGGCUGUGAUGCUCUCUUGGAGUUCUUGGAGGAAAGUUGAAGAUCAGCGUUUUUUUGGAAGCUGCAGUUACUGCCAAGCUCCUGCUUGCUUCUGGUUUAUGAAGUGCUGUAAAUCAGCCUCCCCCAGACGUGAGAGAAGCGGUGUCACAUUUGGCCUUUAUGGAGCAGGAAUUUAUUCAACUGCAGUUUCACCUGUAGCUGCUGCUAGGGUAGAGAAGCUGCUCGGCCCCCCCCCCCCCAGUGCAUUGCUGUAGUCUCAGAUGUAAACCCUCAUAGCCACGUGAGUUACCCUCCGCCUAUAAACUAUGUUCAUUCAAAUCUGGAAAUUCCUGUACUGUACAUAAAACACUUGUUUAAUAAGCUGAAUGUUUUUUAAAAUGUGUUCUUUUUUUUAGACAGCAAAUAGAACACAGUUGACACCUUUGUACAAAAUUGUGUGGGAAACAGUUGCACAGGGAAGAGUUUAGAAGUUACUAUUUUAAAAUAAGUAAGUUAAUGCAAGAUUUUGGGCUGUCAAGACAGUAAUAGCUCAUGUCACAAGAGGGGAAGAAUUUACUAAUGCGACAAAAGGAACAUGAAAUUUUCUGAAUUUCUCAAAAGGUUUUUACAUUGCUGGAAAAAAAACAAAACUUUAAUGUUUACCUGAUGCUGUUUUUUCAGGGUUUGAUUGAUUUGUCUAAUAAAGGUUAUUUUCUUUAUAUGAA